CACUACUUGUCCGUUUUCUGCUUUAACGUAAAUGGAGCAGAAUACCAAUCACAAAUUGUACUUGCGACAUGGUAGUUUGGCUGGUAACCAUAUUCUGGCGUAGUUUUUCUGCUUAUGCAGCUUUAUAUGAAAUUGGUCCCAGAACAAGGAACAGCCACCAACUGAGCGAAUCACCAGUCAAGCUCUGCGGUCUUGGCGACUUCUAAACGAACAUGGAUGCUUUAGGACAAAACUAUUUGCGUGGUAUUGUUUUCCUAGUUCAUGCACUCAGUUUAACCGUUAUUGUCUACGUCCUGCCACUGGAGGGAGAAAUGUGUUCGACACUAAUCUCUGCAGUUGAUGGAGAAAACUUGUCGGCUUUGCAGAAGAGAGCUUUUUCUAGUUUCAGAUCAACCUGCCACAGAGAGUCACCGCUACACAGAUGUGAAUACUUCACUGAACCAGCAACGCCUCAUAGCUUCAGAUUCAUCAUGGGUCCCUUGAGCGGGCCCUUUAAGCUAGACUUCGAAGUCAAGUCUAGGAACGGACUUAUGAUAGCUCUUGCCGAGAGAAGAGCGGAUGAUUCCGUCUUUGCUGAACUAACCCUUGGUGGAUGGAAUGGCAGCAAGACGAUUUUCAGAGCAUGUCAUUCAAAAACUUGCAAAGAUCUAUUCGGUGAAUACAACGAGCCCGGUAUCGUCCGUCAAUAUGAAUAUCGUCCUUUCUGGAUCGAGUACAUAAAGGGCGUGGUGACGGUCGGCAAAGGAGGGCAGCAGAUGGCUUUCUCUCAGUGGGAUGCCGGGGCGUAUCAUGGGCGUGUCACUUCAAAGGUAUACGUUGGAAUAUCGGGUGGGCAAAAUGCACCCGAUGCAUGGGUAUUUAAUACGAAGUAUGUUUGUGAAUAGAUGCAAAACUUCGUAUAAAAGGUGUAACCUAUGGUGCAAGGUUCAGAAUAAAAAUGUCAAUUAAGUUGACUAAAUUUCUCAGUAAACUCUAAAAAUCAAGAUUAAUCUUCCUCAAACCGUGAAGCCUUUUUCACAUUACAUGUCGUAAUGGUAGCCUAUUUCCGUCUAGACAUAUAAAACAAAAGCUAUAAAUUGAAAUUGUCUUUACUGUUGAAAUUCAGUUCUUGGAAACAAUUAUUAACAAAGUGAUCAGUUGAUGUCACGCUUUGCAUUCUGUGGUGAACAUUGUAAUAGCUUCUCGUAGUUUGCUAUUGCAUGGUCAAACACUGCACACCUCUGAAUAGCGAGUAGGCCUUCAAAAGUUCAGUCACUGAGGUUUUGUUUCAAAGAAGUUGAUUGAUAAUAAAACAUUCAUUGGAAUCUCAAAUUAUUUAAAGGGUCUAUGUAACUUUUGUAUGACAAAAAACACAAUGUCCACAGGUUUACACUAA